AUGAAGGUCCUGGGAGAUAAAUCGCCCCUUCGGAGGGUCCAAGGUUUGGAUUCGGCGCUGGAAUCAGAUGAUGAGUACGUCCCCACCAGGGGCACCGAAUCAAGUUACCGUUCGGAAGCUCCCCCGGAGUACUUAAAGGCGAGACCACCAAGUCCGAGGAGAACUUCCGAGGACUUCAGUUCCGAGGACGUCCCAAGCCGAGACCCCGCUAUCUGCCUGCUUCUCCAGAGAGUCCAGAAGAUGGAGGAUGACCGAACCCGGUCCCAGGUCCCUGACUGGGGAAAACUUCGGUCGGGACCCUUUACCGAGCGCAUCAAGAAGUCCAGACCGGACAGGAAGGUGCAGCCGUUGCGCAUACCCUUUUAUACCGGUGUGGACCCUUUGACGCACCUUCACUCCUUCCAAUCGGCAGUUGGGUGCAAGGGCCUCAGCGACGAUGGGCAAUGUCUGCUGUUUCCAUCAUCCCUUACCGGAGCUGCUCUGAACUGGUUCUACCGUCUCGAGCCAGGGACGGUAGACUCCUUUGACAAACUGAAGCAGAUUUUCCUCAACCACUUCAUGAUCCAGACGGACCGCUUGUACUCAGUCGAUGAUCUGUACACGAUUCGGCAGAGGGAGGACGAACCCUUACGAGAAUACACAGCGCGCUUCAGUCACGAGUACUCGAGGUGUACCGAAACGGACGAUAGAGCAGCCUACGGCGCCUUCAAGAGUGGCCUUCGGUCCUCUCACUUCCGGUAUCUCGUGCACAGUAGCAACUGGCGCACGUACGACGAGUUGAUGAAGCAGGCGGCAGUCCAUGCGAAAGCUGAAUACUUCAACUCCAAACCCGGGCCUUCGGCUCGGAAGGAGGAGUCAGCCACCAAAAGUUAUCCGGGGCGAACUGACGAUUCUUCGGUAGGACACAAACGGAAGGACGACCGCGAUAGUCGUCACGGAAACUCGAAGAAGGGGCGCGGGAAAUACGGUCGUAACGACCACCGAGCGCCGUUACCAAAUCACGAUCGUGGCCAGGAGGUCUUCACCCUACUGAACACAACGUACGAAACCGUUCUGAUGAACGAACAUGACCAGAUCCCGAAGCCAACCAACCGAAAGCCCAAUCGACAGGAUAAUCGAGACAUUGGCAAAUUUUGCCGAUACCACCAGCAGAACAGCCACAACACCGAAGACUGCAUCAGUUUGAGGAAAAUUGUCGAGCGUCUGAUUCGGGAGGGAAAGUUGGAUCAGUACCUCGCCAGGCCACCACAGGCACCAGCACCGAACGUGAAUCGGCAGAUCAACAUGAUCAGCACAAUCAGCGGUGGCCCCACUCUAGCGGGACCCUCUAACCGUUCGAUGAAGCAGUAUGUGCAUGCCGCCCACUGCCCUCAGGUCUUCGGCAUAGAAGACGAUCGGUGCCGAAAGGUGCCGAAGGUGGGAUGGGAGCCCAUCACAUUUUGUGAAGAGGAGGAGGGGAUCAUUUACCCCCACGAUGACCCAAUGAUCAUCCGGGCCGAGAUCGCCGAUUACGAUGUGGGUCGAGUGCUGAUCGACACAGGAAGCUCGGUGAACGUAAUUUUUGUCGAUGCGUUCAAGGGACUGGGGAUUGCCGACAGCAUGGUCAAUCGGCAAAUCACACCUCUCCUCAGUUUUUCUGGAGAUCUGGUCCAGCCAGUCGGUAGUAUUAGUCUGCCCAUCGCCUUCGGCGUCGCCCCCAGGAAAACAAUAACCUACGACCAAUUCCUCAUUGUCGAUUGCACAACGUUAUCAUAG